CUUUUUGCGCGCAAAUCAUACGCACCAUAUGAUAAAGAAGAUCGAAAAUCCUCUGUUUGUCUGAUUCCUCUCUCUUCUCCGAUCGCUUGAGUUUCAGGCCACUUUGCUUUUCCUUCCCUGUUCCUGCACUUGAUUUCAUCCCAAUCCAUUCCACGCGCUUUCCUUUCUUAAACCAUUGCUUUGUCUGUCAAGAUUUUGGGCAUUUCCUUUCCCUUUCUUUUGACGCCGGCACAUUCACUCCCUUCACUGUGCUUCCGACUUCAUUCAUGCAAUAAAAUGGGUGCUUUGUGCGGAAAUUGCGUUAAUAGCAAUUUAUAAGGUUGCCCAAUUUAGAGUUUGCGGUAUCUUCCAGAGUUGAAGCAAUAAAGUCUGAUGCUUUUCGUGGGCGGCGGUGAGGUUGUUUGAGUAUGCAAGUGCAUGAAGAAAGCUAAUUCAGUAGAGGGUUUGAUUUGUGAAUGGAUAUGGGCAGUGGGGCUGAUGGUAGUAGGGGUGUAGGAGUGAUUAGUAGCAUUGGUUGUUCUAAGCUAAUGGUUGGGUUCUCAAACUUUUUUCCUUCUUCUAGAGAUCUGCCAUCUUCCGAGCCCACCAUGUCUCCUGCUCGAUCCUCUGUAAACUCUCGCCCGUUGGUUCAAUCCAACGGCCCGUUUGCAGGUCUUGUCAUAUGUGUCACUGGCCUCUCUAAAGAAGCAAGGAAACAGGUAAUGGUUGCUACGGAAAGGCUGGGUGGUCUAUACAGCCCAAAUUUGCAUCAUCGGUGCACCCAUUUGGUUGUUCAGAGCUUUGGUGGGCGAAAAUUUGAGCAUGCUUUAAAACAUGGAUCGAAGAACGGUCUCUUUAUUGUCACUCUCGGAUGGUUUGUGGACAGUGUGAGGAGGAAUGUGAGGUUAAGUGAGUCAUUGUACACUGUAAAGAGCAUUGGAGAUGGAAGUAUUGGAACCGACAAUUUGAAUCAGAUGGUUGGGUCUUAUGGUGCUGAGAAUUCUUGUCUUCCAAAUCCAGUCAGUAUUCAUGAAGGCAGAAAACAUGAAAUGGAUGAACUAUUGUCUUCUGGAAGAACAUCGAGGAGCACUCUUGGCCCGAUGACUUUGUCAGGUCAAUCAUUAUUCAUCGAUUCAGACAUUUCCACUGAACUGCGUAACAAGGUGGUGGCGGCGGCAUCCACUAGAGAAGGUGCCACUGUGGUUGACAAAUGGUUUGUUGGUUGCAAUGCAAGUUAUGUAGUUUGUGAAGCGACUUCAGCCGCAAGAUAUCUCGGCCAUUCUAACAACCUUGUUACGCCUUUGUGGGUUUUGAAGACAGCGAAGGAGAAAUAUGUCCAGAGGCUCAUUCAUCUGUCAGCUGACUUAGCCAGGCAGCUCGGUUCAGUGCUCGAAAACUAUCAAGUUGGGACAGGGACCAAGGUCCCUGAUGGGAACAACAUUCUCCGAGAAGGUCAAAGUUGUGGAAUUAAAGUCAGGCAAGCAGAAAGACAGCAGUUGGUGAAUCUUGCUAAACUAGGGUUAAGAAAUCGACGAGGACAGAGAAUGAAGACAUGUGAGGCUCAGGCCCCUGUAAGACCAAUUACUCUAAGCAGCCUUCUGGAGUCAAUAUGCUGGUCGGUUUCUGAGCCGACCUCUACUGCUUCCGUGUAUGUAGACUCUCUUAGUUCUGAAGAUGGCGGUGAAUGCCAAACACCCAUAAUCUUCAAUGGGAAAGGUGACGCAAAGGAUUCUGAACUUGCAUUUGCGAACUUUACCCGACCUCUCAGUGAAAGUGAGAAAAAUGAGUUGAUCUUCAAACACCACUUUCUUACUAUACUGUUCCCGAUCGACCAGUUUGCGGAAAUAGGUCCUUCCUCAAGGACAUUCUUCAGUGAUAGAGGUUUCACCUGCAUCCAGGUGUUGGAUCAAAUUUAUGGAUUUUACCAGGAGAACAUGUUGGCCCAUGAAGUAGAGGUUGCAAUCCAUACGGACUCGAGGCAUGCUGAUCGCCUCCGCUCUGUUUAUGCUAGCAAAGAAAGUAUCGAGCAAGGGUCCAUAACAUUCAAAAGGAUAGAUUUCUUAGGAAGCCGAAGGAGUUUUGAGAUGCUGAAGCGCGUUAGGGGGGAUAACAACAGCAAUGUAUAUGAACUCUUAAUUAGAGCAUAGUAUUUCAGAUUGGAUCCUGAAGUCUGCAGCUUUGCAGCUAAGAUUGACGAUUUAUUAGUUUUCUUUUAUUAUCUUUUCACAUUUUGUUACAUCAAUCAUUGCCUGAAAAUUUUGGCUGCUGGCGAAAGUUCAUAGCUC